UUUUGUAACAAAAUACGUUUCCAAUAAAUUAUUUGAUGACAAAUUUAUUUUCAUAAACAAUAUUUCGGACCAAAAACUUUCUGGUAAAAUAUUUCCCUGACAUUUUAUUUACAUCUGUAUAUUUUCGUAUAAAUUAUUUUUUGACAAAUACUUUUCUUCUAGAAUAAUUUUCGUAAACAUAUUUUUAACGAAUAUUUAUGAAUAAAAUAUAGGUCACCAAGCUACAAUUAAACAUAUUAAUUUACUCAUAGUACAAAUAUAAUUUAUCGCCUAAUUCAAUGCACAUUAUUGACUGUGCUAUUGAAUAUUGAUAACGUAUCCUAGAUCACGGACUAAGAUAUACCUUAGAUAUGUAUUUUAGUCUAUGUACUAGAUCAAUGAGUGCGCACAUGGUGUUGAUGAGAUCUGAGAACUCGUCAUAACUCAUAAGACCGCAGCUGAACAGCUGUUUUCCAAAGUAAAUUUGGUGAUAAGAACCACUUAAACUAUUAAAAUAGAUAAGCUGAUUUUAGUUGAGUACAUUCGGUUUAUGUCAGUACUCACUACUCAGUAGGUAUUUCAUUAAUGACGAUAAUAACUAAUUAAAUGUGUUAAUCGCAAUUUGCAUGGUACAACAAAAUAACGCUGUUUUUCAAAUAUGUCUCGUUAUAGUUUUAAAAUAAUUAACUUUGUUUUAUUGCACUAAAUAAUCUACCUAUAAGAAUUAAAUUUGGCACGAUAGUAGUUUUUUUUUUGUUUAUAAAUUAGUCAAUACAUACCAUUUAUAUAAUGUAUUAGAAAAUUUAAUUAUACUAUACUUAUGUAGUACAAUUAAUUUUAGACAAUGUCCCCGCCAACCAUAAGAUCACCUCAAGGAAACACAGCAAAUCAGACUCAAGGACCGCAGUAUGCUAAAGUAUUCGUUCAACGUGAUUAUUCAGAUGGUACAGCUGUAAAAUUUAUGACAAAUUUUCCCCAAGGACUUGAAAACAAAGUUAGAUCUCAUUGAGUGUUUUCUUAUUUAAAAUAAUCAAGUGUACUAAUAUUGCUUAAUCACAGAUUGAAAAAUCCGUUUUUGAAUAUACAAUCAAUCAGUUAAAUACAUAUUUUGCCGAAGCAGAAAAAGCAUCAUGUAAAACAUACUGUGAAGGUUGUUUUGCAUGUUUCACUGUGUAUACUAUGUUUUUUUGUGCAGAUACACAUUAUGAAAAAGUAAAUACAAAUUAUAUUACUUAUAUUACCUAAAUUUAAAAGUGUUUCAAUAUUUUUUCAGUGUUUACGUAAAGUUGGCAAAUUCAUUGUAGAACAGAAUGAAAUGGUAUAUUUACCAAGAGGUUUGCUGCUUACCAAUCCUGCCGAAAGAGGGUUGAGAAUUGUAUCCUUUUGUUUCAUUGUUUUUUAGCUAAGCCGUUAAAUAUUUCUUUAGUGCUUAUAUAUGUUACUGCGAAUAUCCGCAAUUGGUGAAUACUAACAAUCAUCCAGUGAAUGUCCACAUACACCUCUUAAAUUGGUGAAUUUUGAAAAAUUAAAAAAAUGUAAACAUUUACAUUAAGAUUUUGAUCAAUGUUGACAUACACAACAUGGUUUUGGUUAAUGUUGACAUACAUAUUCGUACAUAUUAUAGUAUUGACUAGUAGGUAAAUAUGGUGGCUGAGAAGGGCUUAACCCUCCCUGAACCAUCUUAAGCCCUACUUAAAAUAUUUUAUUAUAUAGGUAAUCUUUAUUUUAAUCAAUUUUGUAAUUUAUAAUAUUUAUACAUAUAAUUAAUAAUAAUAGCUAUGAAUAUAAUAAUAGUAAUACGUAUGUAGGUAUUCAAAGGAUUUUCAUUUUAACGUUUUAGUGAUGGGCAGAAUCAACUAGUUUUAACUAACGAUUCAAUUGAUAGUUAAAAAAAAAACUACAGAGUGAUUGAUUGAUUGAAUGAAUAAAUAUCAAUAAACUGAACUACUUGAGAGUCCAAUAGUUUCUAUAGUAUAGGUGAUAGUUUCGAUGGCACCAAGGAAAUUGAUAGUUUAAAACUAUCAAGUAGUUCAAUAGUUUUCACUCAGUAUUCCUCAUCAGCAUAGGCGUGCGCAGGAAUUUUUCGCAGGAUGUGCUGAAUAAUUCUAGUAGGGACUAAUACAAUGCAAUAAGAUAAUUGCCUCUAUAUUACAAUAAUUCAAAUUUAGUUUAUAAUUUGUAUUUGUAUACAUUGUUGUAUUAAUAAUGAAAAGAAGAAUAUUAGAUAUAAAUAUAAUAUUAUUGUUUAAAACUUAUUUAUAGAUCAUAUUUGUUUAUAACUUAAAAACAAUUAUUCAUUUAUAUGCCACUAAUUUUACAUAGGUGUGAUUAUUUCACAACAAAAAUGUUGGUUUUAAAAUAAAACACCAGUGUACACCAGAAAGCAAUCACGACAGUAUGUCACUUUAACACUUUAGUGUACAGACUAACUUUUUAAAACAAAGCUAAUGACUGACAUGUUAUAAGUUUUUAAUAUAUACAUUUUUUUUUUUAUUUGUAUCUAUAUUAGAUUUAUUAUACAUUUUAGCUACAAUUAAUAACUAAUAUUUGCAAAUAAAUCAAAAAUUUAAAGGAGACAUAAUUGUUUGCAGGGUGUGCAGCUGUCCACCCUGCACAUCCUGUGCGCACGCAUAUACCCAUCAUUAGUUCCAUAAACUAUGAUCAGUUGAUGGUUUAUUAUAACGGUCUGCCACUUAUACCCAUCGCCAUACAGCCAUGUGAAUGUCAGGUAUAAUUGCAUUGCAUUCUCAAAUAUCACUAAUAAUUUAUUGCAUAUAAAAUAUAUUAUGUAUAUUAUAAACCAAUGUUUUGAUAUUGGUAUUUUUUGACCAAUAAUUAGAUUUUCUUUUAUUAUUAUUUAGACUAGUAGACCAGUGAUCCUUUUGAGUCCAAGCCCUAUUCAUUUGAGCACCCUAUUUAUUUUCUAUGAUAGACUAUAAACAAUAGAGUAAAAUUUCUUUAAUUAUAAAGUUUUCGCAUUAAAAAACUAAUGCAUGGUUUACAAAGCAAACCAACCAUUAUUUAAUACAUUUUAUGUUACCUAGUUUUUCACUUAAAGAGUUUUCACUGUAUAUAAAAUAAGUAAGUGUUUAAUUGUAUAAAUUAAUAAUUAUUGUUAAACAAUAUUAUAUUUGUACUAUUAAUUUAAAUUAUGAUAAUCUUAUCACACAAAAAUGGUUAUUUUUUAAAAAAAAAAAUGGGGGAAAUAGUUUUACUUAUUGCAAUAUGAUAAACUGUCAUGUACUACAUACAAUGUCAAAAUUUCUACAACUACACUUUUGUAGUGCACUUUGUUUUGCACUUGCAUUGUGCAUACCCUUUCCCACCAAUUGAUGAAUUUGAUUAAUUAAAAGUUUAUACUCUUCAGCCGAUAGUAAAAAAUAAUUAUCAUGUCUCUUAUUAGACACUAAAUUAUUAAAUUUACUUUAAAAUAUUUAACUGUGUUGAAUGACAAUAUCAUACUAAAUGUUAGUAAGACAGCAUGGCUGUUAUCUAGAUAUUAUAAUGAAAAUAGUUGGGUAAGAUAAUGCAUAUAUAAAUACACCAAAAUGAUCAACUUGAACAAUAUCUAAUAUUAUAUAAGUAUUAAGUAAAAUGUUUACUAUUUUAGUUUUAUUUUAAUAAUACUGUAUUAUUAUUAUGACUUUUUCGAUAUCCCUAGAUUACAUUUAAAGAAAAACAAUAUUGGCAUUACCAACAUUCACUAGUGAAUGUUUAUAAAUGCUACAAAUUUAAUCAGUAUACAAUCAUUUACUAAUGACUGGUGUACGACAACAUUAACCGGUGACUGUCAGCAUUCACCAACUGUGGAAAUUCUUAGUAACAUUUAAAUUCAACAAAUACAUUAAAAAGAAAAAUUAUAACGUGUACAUUUGUAUUAAUUUAUAAAUAUCAUUCUGUUAGAACAUAGGUAUAUUGUUUUAUCAAAGAGCUGAACAAUAUUCUUAUUAUGGAUUUGUUUUCUUCAUACUGAUGGGAGUUAUAUACAUGGGGAAUCAUAUACACUUUACACUUUAUAAACACUCUGAUUAGACAUGCAUAUACAAAAUACAACCUCUCCUUCUUUUUAACCACUAGUUUUUUUUUUUCAUUGUUUAUCAUAAAUUUUAAUAAUCAAACCACUUUCUUAAAUGGCAAUUUAAAUUAUUUUAUAUUCAAUAUGUCAAUUUUAUAUUGAUUUUCACAAUACUUAUUAAAAUUGUAAUAGGCACAUAAUAAGCUCCGGUUUCAUUAUUUUCUAUCAUUAAGAUAAACAUUACUUUAUGGCUUCAUAUCCAAAUAUAUUGAAUAAAUUUAAAUUUUCAUGUUUCUAUAUCAACUUAGAAAAGUGAUUUGAGAAAAAAAAGUUGUAUCUAAGUAACAGUAAAAUUUCUGACUGCAUGAAAAUGUUUAUUAAAAAGUAGAUUAUAAAACUGUAUGUCUACAUAUAUACUUUUUCAUAUAACCUAAAUUAAAUAAAUAUCCUUUACUUUUUAUUAAAAGAUUGAAAUUACGUUGUUGGAUCAGCCCAUAGUUGCUAGAACAUGACUCUCAUUAUCCGAUUCGUCUGAAGAAUUCUUCAUGUGAGAAUCGGCUAAAACUUUUAUGGAAUGCAAGUAUGCAAUAUGAAACCAUUAUAAAUUGGCAGUCAAUAAAAACUUGCCAAUAUUAUGAUAGUUUUUUUUUUCUACAGUUACUUUGAAUAUUGCAUUGCAAUGAAGAAAACUAUUUUGUUAUUUUUUUUCUAUGUAUUUUUUUUUUUGACUUAAUAUAACCUAAUACCUAAUGUGCAUUUACUUAACUUUUUACUUGUUAUAAAAAAAAUCCCUUAUUAUUAAUCAAAAAAAGUUGAUCAAAUAAAAAUGUUUUUCUCCGAGCAUUUUUUUAUUUAUAAUAUAUACAAAAUAAUGAUUAAUAAGUGGUAACAUAAUAUUAAUUUGAAUUAUUGUUUAAAAUUAAUUGAAUAACCACCGGUAUUUGGGUCUUGGUUGACUUGAAAAUUUUGAGUCGAUAAACCAAAUGGUUUUAAUACUAUAUUUCCCAAAUCUUUAAGUUUAGCCAUCAUUUCGGUUUUCAAUUUUUCGUUACGUUCAUUUAUUUUUUCUUGUAAAACCUAUUUCCAAAAAGAAUUAACAAAUUACAGCAGUGAUAAUAAUUUAAAAAUUGUAUUAAAAAUAGCAUACUCUUGCAUUGUAAGCUGCUUCGGUAUAAUUGCGAUCAAUUUCAAGCACUUUUUUGAGAUCCUCUAAUGCUUCAUCAAGUUUGUCAUUGCGUUCAAAUAAUUUAGAACGUCUUAUAUAUGCCUUUAAAUAAACUGGAUCUAAUUCUAUAGCUCGAGUACAAUCUUGAAUAGCACUUUCUAUAUGC